AAACACACUGAAUAAUCAUUCACGUUCAUUCAAUUUUUGUCCUUUGACUCAAUAUUUUGUAAAGUAGCGUCAAUCAUGUUGCAUGUGCGCCACGUUUAUCAUUAGACGUAGGUGGUAGUAAUUUUGUGUACGAGAUACGUAAUUUGAGGACAGUGUGAGUGACGUGAUGGUUGCUCACAGUAGCAGACAAAAAUGUUUGUUUCGAUAUAGAGCUCCGUACAAGUUUAAUAGCUGCGCGGACUCCAAACGAGCAACAUGCAUCGAAUGAUUGCUAUAAUUCUCGCCCUAUUUUGCUUGAACUUCUCGCCAACCUGUCGAGCCGUCGACAUCAGUGAUUGUGGCUCGAAAGUUGGCAAACUUACGUCUAUAACACUGGACUGUGAUAUGACCAAAACUGUAUGCGAGUUAAUACCAGAUACAAAUGCAACAAUUAAGAUCGAUUUUACAGUCGAUAAAGAUGUUUCGAAAGUUAUUGCAGUCGUCCAUGGUAUUGUGAUGGACAUUCCAAUACCUUUUCCAUUACCAAACCCAGACGCUUGUCAAACUGCUGAUUCUGGCAUUCAAUGUCCCUUGAAAAAGGGAGACACGUUGCACUAUAAAAAUACAUUGGUAGUGCUAAAAUCCUAUCCUAAGGUGAGUGUUACCGUAAAAUGGCAACUCAAGGAUGAAAAUAAUGAAGACAUUAUUUGCGUGUUAAUUCCGGCACGAAUUAAAUAGAUGGUAUUAAACUACGAUCUAUCAUAAUUCUAUUUUUUAGACAACUAUACAUAUAUUACAAAAUUUAUACGAUAAGAUUAAUAAAUUGAAUUCAG